AAAAUGGGAGUCUGCUGAAAUUUGGAAUAAAAGAACGAUUAAUGUCGAUUCACACAAAAUGAGUACAUUAAAUGAAUCUAUUGUCGCUAUAAACCAACUCGAAUGUCUUCUUUUGUCAUACGUUCGUAGUCUCGAUCGAAAAAAUGUCAAUGCUCUUCAAAUAAUUCUAACGGAUAUUAAAAAACAAUUUAAAAUUAUUGAAAAAAUAAUAAAAACAUCAAAGUUUAUUUUAUCACGAUAUGUUUUUAUGAAAGCCUAUUUUAAUAUGAUUCAAUCAAGACAUCAAACGAGUAUAAAAUUUUUAGAGCAGUCAAAAAGUAUUGCCUAUAACAUCAAUAAUCAAUUUAUUUACGACUGGAUAAAUCAUUGUGAGAAAGUAUGGACUAAUUCACUGUCAAACGCUCAACAGAAUUCAUGGAAAGAAAAUUAUCUACAAUCAAAUGUAGAACGAAAUUCUUUUGAUAAAGAAUCUAUUGCCUUUUAUACUUUACCGCUACCUCAAGACUUAACUAAACAAAGAUGACUUUAAAAUUCCUGGUUUAAAAAAAUAAAUUAAUAAAAUGAAGUAACAAGAUACAGAAAUACAUUAAAUAGACUAAAGAUUA